GACCAACACCAGGAUCCCAUCUUCUUUCUCCUCUAUCAUCCACCAAAUUCUACCAGUUUCGUUCGAGAGGAGAACAAAGAUGUUGGUUUUUUCUCUUUUCUUUGCCCUCGUGAUGAUCGUUGUUAACUCGAUCCAACACUCGAUGAUCUGACAUCCUGUCACCAUCUGUGUGCUUGGAAUAGAGAAGAAGCUUCUUCCGCGUCGUUCAUUCAUAACCAGAAUGGGAAGAAGUAUACCAUUUCCAUCGGAAGCCCACACCUUGAUCCACUCGGCCCUUUUCAUCUCCCUCGUCGUUGCGUGGGUCGCAGCCGCCAUGGUCGUCAUCGUCUCGCUCUGCGCCGAGCGCAAGACCCCGAGCGACCCUCCAUCUGCAUCCCCACCGUCACCACACAACGAAUCCGUCGCAAAGCCCGCAUCCGAAACCACCACGACACCCACAGUCCAAGCGACGACAGAACAAGGAGAAGUAGAACCGCAUCAGGAGGCGCAGGAGGAGCAAGUGACGGUGAUCGAGAUGACACCCGACGUCGCGACGCAUGGCCCAAUCCCUCCCAGUACUGUGCUGCCGGCGUCCGCCUCGAAGCGGAAAAUGUCGUUAAGCUUCGGCAAGGGGCUCCCGGAGAAGAUAAGGACCAGCAGGAGAGAACGGAGCGGGAACGGAGGAGGUGAUUCGGAGGACUCGAUAUGGAAGAAAACAAUCAUCCUGGGCGAGAAGUGCAAGGUCUCGAGCGACGACGAGGAAGAGGAGGUGGCGGGCGAGAAGGGGAACCGGCAGAAACACUACCACCCGAGGACGCCGCGGUCGCGGCAGACGUCUCGAAACAACUCGUUCGCGUAUCCCGACGAGACGCCGACGUGACCUAGAGCGGAGCAGCAGUUGCCGGUGGCGAUCCAUAUGGGAAACGCGACCUCCAGGAAUUAAUCUGCGACAUGUGGCCAUGAUGAUCAAACCGGUGAAUUUUCUAAGCUUCGUGCUUCCAUAUAUAUCUGAUAUAUAAAUAUAUAUAUAUAUAUAUAUAUAUAUAUACACACAUACAUAUAUGUAUAUGUAUAUAAAUAAUAUCAGAUUUAUUAUAACAUGGCAAGACAUGGUUGAUUGCUGGUGUAGUAUAGUUCCGCAGCCUUUCUUAAU